AUGGCGGCAGCGGCGGCGUCGAGAAGGCGAGCGUGGUUGGCGGCGCUCCUCCUCCUCGUGGCUCUCUUCUCCUCGUCGCGAUCGGAGGAAGAAGCAGCUUCGUCGUCUACCUUGCAGAGCCUCUUGAAGCGCCUCAACAAGCCUCCUCUCGCAACCUUUCAGAGCCCAGAUGGAGAUAUCAUAGACUGCGUGCACAUCUCCAGCCAGCCUGCAUUCGAUAAUCCUCUCCUUAAGAACCAUAAAAUCCAGAUGCGGCCUUCUAUCCACCCAAGUGGCAUGUAUGGUGAAGCAACACGUCCAAUCACCCAAAUAUGGAAUCAAAACGGUGAAAAGUGUCCCGACAACACUGUACCAAUCCGAAGGACCAAGGAGGAAGAUAUCAUGAGGGCCACAUCUGUUACAGCGUAUGGCAAGAAGAUGCACGGGAGCAUUCCAAAACCCCUCGAUCGCCCUCACUCUCACUUGGGUGCUGUCACAGAUGGCCACCACUACGGUGUAGCAUAUGCAACUGGAGAUGCCAACUACUACGGAACCAAAGUGACCAUCAAUGUGUGGCAACCAACUACCUCACCCGGCGACUUUAGCUUGGCCCAGCUAUGGAUCACAGCAGGCUCCUAUGCUAACAAUGAUCUCAAUACCAUUGAAGCAGGAUGGCAGGUGUACCCGUAUUUGUAUGGGGAUGACAAUACUAGACUCUUCAUCUACUGGACUAGAGAUGCAUAUAACACAACGGGAUGUUACAAUCUGGCGUGCUCAGGGUUCGUCCAGACAAACCAACAGAUCGUCAUCGGUGGCACCCUGUCCCCUGUGUCCACCUACGGUGGCACACAAUAUAUCCUCGAUUAUUUGGUUUGGAAGGACCCAGCGAGUGGCAACUGGUGGAUGCAAAUAGGAGGCAAUUAUGUGGGCUACUGGCCAUCCUCCAUCUUCACCCUUUUGCAGACAGGCGUUGCUGACACUGUGGAGUGGGGCGGGGAGGUGUAUUCGCCUCAGAUUAACACACCCAUGGGCAGUGGACAUUUUCCAGAGGAAGGGUUCGGCAAGGCAGCCUACAUCAGGACAAUUCAAGUUGUUGAUUCCUCCAACACUCUCAAAGCACCAAAUGGUGUGGGCUUGAUUGCUCCAUUGCCCAAUUGCUAUAACAUCAUCAGUGGUUCCAGCACCAACAACUGGGGCACUUACAUCUACUUUGGUGGGCCUGGGUGCCCUCAAAACUCUCAGAUUGAAGUGAUGUAGAGAGCUCGCUCGCCAUCAAACAUAUAUCUCCUUAAUUUACAUGCAUGUUACUCGUGUUUAUGCAUUAUGCAUUACUAGUGUAAUGUCUUCACACGUAAUAAAGUAUUGUUAGCUAGCUAGGAUCUCUACUAGCUACUAGCUAAUAGUACAUGUAUGAUUGCUAAGUAUACAUAUGUAUUGGUAAGUGGUUUGAGCAAGCUAGCAAUAAAUGUAUUGUUCGUCACAUUUUACUGGAUGUUACGUUAUGGAAUAUAAUUACCACCUUAUUUAAUCAUUUGU